CAGGUGCCAGGCUGGCCUGGACCCGGCUGUGGGACCGACGCUUCCGGUGAGCGACAGAGGUAGCUCCCAAGGGCCUGGAGACCCGUGGGGGCGGGCUCUGGGGUCUGAGCCCACCGUGCUGGCCCGGAAUUACCCCCUGUACCUAUUCCCCAUUCCCCUGCCGAGCUGGACAGUUAGCCAGCCCGCCUCAACUCUCGGAACCAUGUUUGCGGACUUGGAUUAUGACAUCGAGGAGGAUAAACUUGGAAUCCCUACUGUGCCCGGGAAGGUGACCCUGCAGAAGGAUGCUCAAAACCUGAUCGGGAUCAGCAUCGGAGGAGGGGCCCAGUACUGCCCUUGCCUCUAUAUCGUCCAGGUGUUUGACAACACCCCAGCGGCCCUCGACGGCACCGUGGCAGCUGGUGACGAGAUCACCGGUGUCAAUGGCCGGUCGAUCAAAGGCAAAACUAAGGUGGAGGUGGCAAAGAUGAUUCAGGAGGUGAAGGGAGAGGUGACUAUCCACUACAACAAGCUGCAGGCGGACCCUAAGCAGGGCAUGUCCCUGGACAUUGUGUUGAAGAAAGUAAAGCAUCGGCUGGUAGAGAACAUGAGUUCGGGGACCGCAGACGCCCUGGGCCUGAGCCGGGCCAUCCUGUGCAAUGAUGGGCUUGUGAAGAGGCUGGAGGAACUGGAGCGGACCGCCGAGCUGUACCGAGGAAUGACAGAACACACCAAGAACCUCCUCCGGGCCUUUUAUGAGCUGUCACAGACACACCGGGCCUUUGGGGACGUGUUCUCCGUCAUCGGGGUGCGGGAGCCCCAGCCAGCCGCGAGCGAGGCUUUCGUGAAGUUUGCCGACGCCCACCGCAGCAUCGAGAAGUUCGGCAUCCGGCUGCUGAAAACCAUCAAGCCGAUGCUGACAGACCUGAACACGUACCUCAACAAAGCCAUCCCAGACACUCGCCUCACCAUCAAGAAGUACCUGGAUGUGAAGUUCGAGUACCUGUCCUACUGCCUGAAGGUGAAGGAGAUGGAUGACGAGGAGUACAGCUGCAUCGCCCUGGGGGAGCCCCUGUACCGUGUGAGCACUGGCAACUACGAGUAUCGCCUGAUCCUGCGCUGUCGCCAGGAGGCCCGCGCCCGUUUCUCCCAGAUGCGCAAAGACGUGCUGGAGAAGAUUGAGUUGCUGGACCAGAAGCAUGUCCAGGACAUCGUGUUCCAGCUGCAGCGCUUCGUGUCCACCAUGUCCAAGUACUACAACGACUGCUACGCAGUGCUGCGUGACGCCGACGUCUUCCCCAUCGAGGUGGACCUGGCCCACACCACGCUGGCCUAUGGCCUCGGCCAGGACGGGUUCACCGACGCCGAGGACGAGGACGAAGACGACGACGACACGGCAGCCGGGGAGCCGCCCAGGGAUGCGCAAGGGGCUGCUGGGCCCCUGGACCGGGGUGGGAGCUGGUGUGACUCCUGAGUGCGCCCCCCCGCCGUGGGGUGCGGAUGGGGGCUUGUGGGCGGGAGGACAGAGGGUGGAAGCCGGGGCGGCGCCGCCACACCGCAGGGUGGCGCAUAAAGGCCGGCUGGCUUGGGGCGCUGCCUCCCCACUCCUCUGUCCUGGCUCAGCGAACCGGGCUCCAGCCCAGGAGAGUGCCCAGGGCCUGCGGCCUGACCUGGACACUGGCCCCCCUCCCCCUUCCCCCCCCACCUCCCCAGCCAGUUGGGGAGCUUGGCCCCUGGAACUGCCUUAGGGAGGAGAGAGGGGGCGCAGAGAGGAGGAGGGCUUGGAGGUGGCCCCAAGCCCCGGAGCCGCUGCCCGUGGGCACCAGCCCCGGCCCCACCUGGAGCCUGCCAGCGUGGGGGGCCGUGGGCGCACAGGCGAGGCUGGGGCCGGUGGCCGCGGACCCCCUCACCUCGCCCCAGGCCGGCCCAGCCCCUCCCACACUCGCCCCUCCGCGGCCUUUAUUUAUUCAUGUCCCCCAGCUCAGCCGCGUCCCCAGGGGAGGGCCAGGCGCUGGGCCUGUACCGAAUAAACACAGACCCAGACUGAGCCGGGCUCUUUGCGGUGGCCUCGGACCCGCCUCCUCCCCUCGCCGCCCCGUCUGCUGCCUCCCUGGUCCCGAGGGAGGGCGGGCAACAAGAUGUAUCGACAUUCCCUUCAUACCCUCACUCGUCUUCCUCGCUGCGGCUCUGUGAACUGGCACGCCUGUCCCCGCGUGCGGACGGGGGCACUGAGGCUCGAGAAGUGGCUUGCUCAGGGCCACCCAGUGUCCAGGGAUAGAGAGGCAUCUGGACUUGAAUCUGGCAGGUCCCAGAGACCCCAAGGCUUGCUCCUUUGUGGGGCCUCUGACCUCCUCCCUCACCUUGGCUCUGCCGGGCUUCUGGCCAGUAGCUCUGCCGUCGUUGGGAAGGGCAGGGCAGACGCUGGGUCAGGAGGCCCCAAGGCCCCAUGUCGGGGAGAGAAUGUCAGGGAAGCCCCCAGCACUCUAGGCACACCUAGAAGGCCAGUGGACAACGCCGCCCUAGUACUCUGCGUCUUUGCAAAGUGGUGGAAAUAGGCUGGCUGUGUCUCCUGUCAGCACAGACCACACCUGUGGUCCCCGUGUAAUGAACGGUGGCCCUUUUCACCCCAAAAGUGUCCCUGUUUGAACAGUGAGUUAUACGCUCAUCCUGAGAAGGGGAGGAGGCAAGAGGCUAUGAGGGACUGUGACUGAAGGAACAGCCAGUGUGAAGGCCAAGGGCACAGACCGAAACCCACUGCUGGAUUCCAGCCACCGCCUCUGUGACCCUGGACUACUCCCUAACCUCUCUGUGCCCCAGUUUCCCUGUCUGUGCUUGUGGCCAGUAGUGGUCCUUAACCUCCUUGGGCUAUAAGUAUAUGAUGAGUUAGCACUUGUAAAGGUCCUAACGGCACCUGGCACAGAGUCCCUGCUCUGAGUGUUUAAUAAAAUGUAGUCACUGCUCUAGUGGCUCAG